UGUACCGUUCCGGCCGAAUCAGUAUGGGCCUCACGUGUGUCACAAUCUCGAUCCGGCCUUCCGGCCCAUCUAUCACGGUCCACACCUUCGCCGCAUUCCCGUUUCGGCCCAACUAGUACGGGCCCGCACGUGCGAAGAAGCCUAAGCCUAUGGGCGAAAAGGCCCACACAACGUGGGCGCCACUUCACGACGUGGUGGGCAGCCGGAACGGCGGUUCGUCCGCCGCCAGUUCGCCGGAGCACCGCCGCGGUCCUACCAUCCUUCCUUCCGUCGGAUCCAUCUACUACGGCCGGAGAUCUCAACCAGCCACCUACCUGUAUGGAUGCUUCUAGUAGAGUCUCUCCUACCGAUCUGCCCGCCCCUGCCCCCCCACGGCCACCGCCGCCGCCGGCGGCCGGCAAUCAGGGAGGCAACGCGUCGGCGAAUGCGAGCGCUACUCAAGUUGUUUUACUGCGGCCUCCAGCGGUCGCCGCUCCUGCGGUUUUCCGCCAUCCCGGGCGCGCGAUGCCGUGGGCCGGCGAGGGCGGCGACACGUUGUUUCGAGAAAUCGAUGCUGUAUAUAAACGAUUCUUCAGAGAUUGGCUGUGGAAACAAGAGCCAUUUGAUCUUGGAUUGGGAAGGUCAGGUUGCAAGUUCAGUUCCAUUACCAGAAUCGCUGCUACUAGUUGCUAGACCAUGGAGAUGCGUCGCCUUCUUGUCUUGUUCGCUCUCCUCUCCGUCACCGCCGUCGUCCCGGUGUUCUUAUGGCCCGACAAGAAGGGCGGUGCUAGUGACGUCGCCGUCGUCGUCGCGGCGCCUCCGUUCAAUGCGUCCAGCGUCACCAUUAUCUCCUGGAAACCGAGGAUAUUUUUUUACAAGGGCUUCCUUUCAGAUGAUGAGUGCGACCACCUUGUCAAGUUGGGGAAGGAGAAGCUGAAGAGGUCCAUGGUGGCAGACAAUGAGUCGGGAAAGAGUGUUAUGAGCGAAGUGCGCACCAGCUCUGGCAUGUUCUUGGACAAACAACAGGACCCUGUUGUUAGCGGUAUUGAGGAGAGAAUUGCAGCUUGGACCCUGCUUCCGCAAGAGAAUGCUGAGAACAUUCAGAUACUCCGAUACGAGAACGGACAAAAAUAUGAUCCUCAUUUUGAUUAUUUUCAAGACAAAGUCAAUCAACUGCAGGGCGGUCACCGUUAUGCAACGGUGCUGACAUAUCUAUCAACUGUUGAGAAAGGAGGUGAAACCGUCUUCCCAAAUGCUGAGGGGUGGGAAUCUCAACCUAAAGAUGAUUCAUUUUCAGACUGUGCAAAAAAGGGCUUGGCAGUGAAAGCAGUGAAGGGUGAUUCUGUGCUGUUCUUUAAUCUUCAGCCUGAUGGCACACCAGACCCGCUUAGCCUCCAUGGAAGCUGCCCAGUUAUAGAGGGCGAGAAAUGGUCUGCGCCAAAGUGGAUUCAUGUGCGGUCUUACGACAAUGCAUCAAGCAUGAAGCAAAGUGAAGAAUGUUCUGAUUUGAGCGAGAAUUGCGCGGCUUGGGCUGCAUCGGGUGAAUGCAAUAACAACGCAGUCUACAUGAUUGGAACGGAAGAUGCACCCGGUCAGUGCCAGAAGAGUUGCAAUGCUUGCAGUUUAUAGAACAUUUCGCAUUUGGUAGACUCACCCGGUCUAGUUGGUUUGGAUUUGACAAAUUUGCAGACGGUGAGCUUAGAUGGUUUUACAGUUCUUUUGUUUAUUUUGGGUGAGGUGUGUGUUCCAAACUGCCAAUAGCCAUUAGUUGGAUACAUUUUGUUGUUACUGCAAAUGCUGAAGACAGUGUUAUGUAACUCACUGUUGUGCAGUUCAGAGUGUCAUGCUGGCAGGCAA